CUUUGAUAGUAGAAGAGAAUGAUAUAUUUGAAGAAUCUGGUACAUUAGCUCCAGCUGAUAUAGACUUAGAGUAAUAGAUGGAAUAUCAAAGUCAAAAGUUAUGUACAACGGAUAGAAAUUUGAAUGGUUUAAAUAUUGUAUUUGUACCUAAUAUGCUUAUAUGCGAAUCAUAUGGAGAGAAAUUGCAUAAGGAAAGUAUAUUUGAGACAGUUUUUUUUUUCAAUGUAUUGUGGGAAUAUUGGAUGUUAAAAGAGUAAAUGUUCUAAUAAGGUUAAGGGUUAAUCUUUUAAUGAGAUUGGUAAAUUAGUUGAGAUUCAUUUGGUAGUGGAACUUUGAAAGAAUCGAUAAGAUUAAUAAAGAAUGAG